CCAGAGAAGUCAUCCCUUCUUCAAUUAGACUUCUAUCUAUUGUAUAACUCAUUUCGUACUGAGAAUGUCAUUGCAUCACGUGUCUUUAAUAUAUUGCAUAUAUAAAUAGCAUGUGAAUUUAAGACAUUUUGAACAAUUGUAAAAUGAAAAUGACUUUUCGCAAUGUGCUUACUGCAUCCUUGGUUCUUUUAGCAGCUGUUAAUGAUGUGACAAGCACCAAUGCAGAGCAUGCAGAGGAAGAAAUAAUCAACUUUUCAUCUUCUAAGGCAGAUUCAGCUCGAAGGGCACUUGCAGACAGACUAUACACUACUGGAUUCAUGUUAGGGAUAAUUAGUAGAACUCUUUGGAAUCUACGCAACACAUACAAGUUUCAACAGUCAUCCUGUUAUACUCCAUAUUCUCUGUGUAGUCGAUUAUCCCUAGUAUUCGAUGAUUACGUUGACAAAGCUAUUAAACGGCCAUAUUUGAGCCGAGAAAUUCCAAUUUUUUACUAUGUUCUUCAAAAUGAAACAAUAGAUGGACUAUGUGUAGCAUAUAAAAAAGAAAGACAAGAAAACUUGGAUGUAACUGCAGCGAUUCAGGCACUAAAACAAUCUUCAAAAUACAUAAAGUCAAGCAACAAGUAUCUAGAACCGUUUAUUACUGCAGCGAAAGAAUUCGAUAAAGAUAACGUUAUAAAACAGAUCUAUGAAACAGUUACGAAUGGUGAUUGUUGGGACAAAGCAUGUUCGUGCUACAGAAAAGUAUAUGUGAAGCUGCAAAUGCUGAGUCAAGAUCUUGUGGUCGUAUGGAAUGAAGGGCUAAAACUUUACAAAUCUUAAAGGAUAUAAACAAUAUAUAAAGCAACAGUUGAAGAAGCUUACAAAAAGCAGUGUGUUAACUUUAAAAAAAUAUUCCUCAUUUUUG